ACACAAAAAAACAUCAUUUUUUUUCUUUCCUCGCAAAUUUUGUGGUUCUAGUCUCCGCAGCUCUGUCAUCAUCCUCUCCAUCUUCUUAUUCUUCAUUUUCUCUGCCAUUCUGAAUCAAUCUGAGAAAUUUUUCUGAUUUUCCCGUAAAGUCUUCGAUUCGGAGACUGUUUGCGGAAAGGGUGAAUUGGGUCCUUUUUUGUUUUGUCUGGAUUUUGAUCUCUCUGUGUAUCUGGUUACAGUUGUAAUUGUACCCAUUUUUUUUCUAUGUAUGUAUAGUUUUGUGCUUGUGAAGAUUCCGGUUUCUUGUGAGCUGUAAGAUUUUGGGGAUUCCUUCUUUGAUCUAGUUCGAGUUCGUGUUAUUCUUCUUCUGCGAUUUGGUUUCGUUUCGUUUCUGAAUCGAAGGCCCGAGUUUCGAGAACUCAGGGUCGGAACAGUUUAUCGAUGGCGGCGUCGGAGAAAUGGAUCGAACAAGGAGACGACACGAGUUCUUCGUAUCUGCAGAAAUUCAGGCUCUAUGAAACUCGCUCGAACUUCUACAUGAUUGGAAGAGAUAAAAACCGAACCUUUUGGAGGGUUCUUAAGCUGGACAGGACAGAGCCAACAGAGCUAAACAUUCAUGAAGAUUCUACCGCCUAUACAGAAGCGGAAUGCUUCGAGCUUUUGAGAAGGAUACACGAAGGGAACAGAUCAACCGGGGGGCUGAAAUUUGUCACCACCUGCUACGGGAUAGUUGGAUUCGUAAGGUUCUUGGGACCGUAUUACAUGCUGAUAAUAACAAAAAGAAGGAUGCUUGCUGCAAUUUGCGGCCAUUCUGUGUAUGCCAUAGCCAAGAGCGAGAUUAUCACAAUUCCACAUGCCUCUGUGCUAUCCAAUGUGGCUUAUUCUAAGGACGAGAAAAGGUACAAGAAGCUACUGUGCGCUGUUGAUCUCACGAAGGACUUCUUUUUCAGCUAUUCUUAUUGCAUCAUGCAUAGCCUUCAGAGGAAUCUUUGCAAUAACGUGAAAGGACAGACUUAUUACGAAUCCAUGUUUGUUUGGAAUGAGUACUUAACCCGGGGGGUUCGGAGUAAGCUGAAGGAUUGUUUGUGGACUGUUGCCUUGGUAUACGGAUUCUGCAAGCAGGUUAAACUCUCGAUAUCAGAGAAGAGCUUUAAGUUGACACUCAUUGCCCGUCGAUCACGGCAUUUUGCUGGCACGAGAUAUCUGAAGCGUGGUGUGAAUGAGAAAGGCAGGGUAGCUAAUGAUGUUGAGACAGAACAGAUUGUCUUUGAAGAUGUUCCAUGUGGUUCUCCUGUCCGAAUAAGUUCUGUAGUUCAGAAUCGGGGUUCAAUUCCUUUGUUUUGGUCUCAGGAGACAUCACGCUUGAAUCUCAAACCCGAUAUAAUAUUGUCCAGGAAAGACUCCAACUUUGAGGCAACUAGACUUCAUUUCGAAAAUCUAGCAAAAAGAUAUGGAAACCCGAUUAUUAUUUUGAACUUGAUAAAGACACGUGAGAAAAGGCCACGGGAGACUAUUCUGCGUUCAGAGUUUGCAAAUGCCAUUAGAUUUAUAAACAAAGGGUUGAACAAGGAAGAACGUCUAAGGCCUCUUCACUGGGAUUUGCAUAAACAUUCCAGAAACAAAGCUACAAACGUAUUGGCAAUUCUUGGGAAACUUACUAGUUACGCGCUGAACUUGACCGGCAUCUUCUACUGCCAGCUAUCUUCUGAUCUAAGAGCAGAAGGGUUGCAGAAUCCGUCCUGCUUGGAGAAAAGCGACGGUGAAUGUACUACAUCUAAAGAUGAAACUGCUUUAAACUUGACAACAGAGAGCACUAAAAAUGAUAGUGACGGCAAAGAUGAUCACAGAAAGAAAGCCACUAUGAUUCAGAAAGGAGUACUGAGAACAAAUUGCAUAGACUGUUUAGAUCGUACCAAUGUUGCUCAAUAUGCUUAUGGGUUGGCAGCACUCGGGCAUCAGCUUCAUGCUUUAGGGUUUACAGAAUCUACUAAUAUCGAUCUUGACAAUCCCCUCGCUGAAGAUUUGAUGGGAAUUUAUGAGACAAUGGGUGAUACACUCGCACUUCAGUACGGAGGAUCUGCAGCACACAACAAGAUAUUUUGUGAAAGGAGAGGACAAUGGAAAGCGGCAACACAGUCCCAGGAGUUCUUCAGAACUUUACAACGUUACUACAGUAAUGCCUAUAUGGACGCCGAAAAGCAAGAUGCCAUUAACGUGUUCUUGGGAUAUUUUCAGCCACAACCGGGCAAACCAGCCUUAUGGGAACUGGGUUCAGACCAGCAUUACAAUGCUGCAAGAUUUGGUGCCAAUGCCAUUGCAGAGAUUGCGAGAUCUUCGAUAAAACGAUCCAUGUCAGAAAGUAAUAUCCUCUGUGAGAGCAACUCAACUGCAUUGGGGACAGUGGUUGGACAUGGCCUUUCCUUGCCCGAGAAGGAUCAAGAAGUGAAGGUUUUUUCAGAGUCCAAUCCCGAGAUCUCGACAUGUGAAACCACUAUGUCAGCUGAUGAUGCCAUCAUAUGUGAUCCAAGGCAGCUGGUGAAGGAUAUGGAGCCAUAUCAUAUUCUCGAAAACGAUUGUUUAUGCUUUGAUGGGCAUGCUGAGCAAUGUGCAUGCGCAGAGUUUGAUAUGGAUUGGGUUUCCUCUUCGGGAAACUCGUGCGAAGACGAGAGUUAUGGCAGAUCCACGGCCCUUCGGUCAUCAGAAAACGUGCCAGAAGAUAUAAAAAUCGAAUCAGCAACUUCCGCGAGUGAAUCUGGUUCCAGCUUAAAGGGAGGGGAAAUAAACGAAAGCAAACACACCCGGGAAGAUGUAGGAGGACUUCCCGAACGUUUCGUGAGGUGGGUAUUGCAUGGAGAUGGCCAUUUCUGGUGAUGAUGAUGGAAGAUUAUGUCUGAAAAGAUUUUAACAGAUAGGUUUCAGAUCCUAAAUUGAGAAGAACCACCCCAAGGGUGAGCUGUUCUUCCUCCUACACAGAAAAAAGAUCGAGUCCAGCGGUUGAUAGAUAGCGGAAGAGAGGAUUGAAAAGGAGAACAGGAAAUCGGAAAAGAAAAAGAAAAAAAAUGAAAAUCACUAACAAGCGUUAAUUGAUUUCUCGGAAACAAGGAGAGAAUUGCAGAAACUUGUAAGUAGCUUACAAUAUGACAGUGGAAACGGGGUUCAUGGAUCUUUGGGAUUUGCCCUCUUGAAGCUCAUGAAAACAUCUCUCUGUAAAUAUAUAUACACACACACUUCAAUUGUA